AGGGGAAAUACACAUUCUAUAUGAGGGAACUUAGGAGAACACAUGAAGCCCUACAGCCUACAAAAAUGUUUGCAACAGAUCCAUCUCUUGGAUUCCGGGACAUUUGUUUACAGAUAUUAGGAAUUCUCAAAGAGGGAAAGAAAAUUGCUAUACUAGAUGUAAAUGAGUUGAAGAAGACCAGACUGUCAUAUAUAAAAUUGCUACAGAAAAAGUGUGACAGGAUGUCAGUGGCAGUCCUCAGUAUUCUACCAAAGUAUGGCUGUGAGCAAUUGUUUUGGACUCGGGAACUGAGGUUAGCGGCAGAGUUGAGUCUGUGUGAGACAGAAGAUUGCAGCAGGUCUGAGAUUCCGCUCAAUGAUGCACGCUUAACUAAGUGGUUCAGCAAGGAUUCCGCUAGUGACAUACAUUACAAACAUGGAAUAGUUGAAAAACCGAGUGAAUUAGAUGAAUGCACAGUCUUGGAGAAAUGUGUGGGCAUAUACACCAAAUCUGUGUACAAAUUUGAGGUACCAGUUAUAUUUGUUCAAUGGGAAGUAGUAUGUGGACUGAUGACCAACAACCAUAGAAUGUCUAAAUUAUUAAAGGCAUUUGAACUGUGGACCAGUGUUAAUCAUUGUGGAAGGAUCAUAGUGAUAUGUGACGGUUCUCAGAUACAUACUGGUGAAAAAACAAAAGCUCAACAACAAAAGGACAUUGAUGAUGCCAUGACAUGCUUGACCAACCAGUUUACUGCCUGUCCAGUCUAUGUGUAUCACAUUGUUGAUCCAAAGCAAGCAGGGGGCUAUAUGGCUCCACCAAAACCAGGAAGUUUUGCAUUUCUACAACAAAGGCAUUGUCUUAACUUACAUUCAAGGAGAAGUGUUUACAUGUAUGAAACAUCUAGUCAUAUGAAAAUGGCUGAAAAUGCUGGUGUCAGACAUAUAAAGGCUUCCAGAGUGAUAGAUCAUCCAUCAUUGGUGGUAUCAAGCCAUGCAGCAUACACUCCAGCUAUUCCUGAAAUGUUAAAGAGUAAGAAGAUCUUACCAGGUCAAACCAGAAACAACCCACCAACUAUACCACUGGUUCAGCUGAAACACACAUUUUCUGAGGGUAAAAUUCAACAGAACUUACCAUAUGGGAGGUCAGAAUACAUGUAUGUUACAGACUUGGAGAACAUUCAGAGGUACAAUGAUUUAUAUGUGAAGUAUGCGACUGAAGUGGGACAGCCGGGUAGUAAAAUGUCGCCCAAGAAGAAGUGCCAUUCUACCCCAAAUAAAUCAUGUACCAGUCAAAUAAAUGUUUCUGAUACAUCAGCUGACCAAUCAAGACUCAGUAUUGCACAACGCGACCUUCCAAAAUGGAUGGUGAAGAAAGACAGAAGCCGUGAGUUAAGGUCAUCUGGAGAGGUUAGUCAAUCAGAUGGUGAUUUACAGAAGGAGAAAAAAAUUAGGAAAACUAUGUAUGUAAUGACUGAGAAAGAACUGGUGGAAGUAGCCUGUGAUAUCCUUAAACAGGCAGGCAAAGAUGACAUUGUGGAACGAUUUAUGUCAAAGAAAGACAUAGAUAGUGAUACAAAUUCAAAAAAUAACAAAAAGGAAAUAAAACCUAAUUUAAUGAAGAAUGCAGUAGAAAGAAGACCAUAUCAUCGUGAAAGGACUAAAUCCAAAAUGGAUAAAAUUGAGGCUUCAAAUGACAUAGGUGACCAGUUAGGAAGUUUUUGUCCUAAAAUGGAGCCAGAAUCAGACUUGGAAGAAAACAAUAUGAAUUCAUCAGUAAAUACAGAUAGUGAUAUGCAUGUGCCAAGUGAGGAAUCUGAUUUUAGUGAAGCAUUAGACAAAAAAGAAAAAAACAGAGUCGUUGAAUCAGAUGUUGGUGACAUAGUUGCAAGUGUAUUGGAGGAUUUCUCAACAUCACGUGUAGCACCAAAACCAUCACCGAAAAAGAGAACUAGGAUUAAAGAGGAACCAGUAUUUACCAGUGUUACACCAAGUAAACAGAGACGCUGUGAUACAUCUAACAACACUCGUAACAAUCUUGAUUUCAAAGAUAAGAGAAACUUGCAAAACAGGAGUUUGAGUGUUCAGUUUGAAGAAAAACAUAUAAACAUAAGUGAUGUUUCUCCUAAGGAAGAUGCAGGAAAGAAAAGGAAAACAAGGCACACUCCAGAUCUGUCUCAUCUUGAUGAUAUUUUCUAAAUAAUAAUAACAAUAUUUGAUGCACGCCAAUGGUAUUUUAUAGAUUGUAGAUUACAAUCACACCAUUUGAUUUACCAUCUGACAGUUGUUAGAGGCACUUGACUACAAAAUGUGCAAAAAUAUACAAAAGUGAAAUAAUAGGCAAAACUGCUGACAUUAAUAUCAGUGAUAUCAAAAAGACUUAAUCUCUUUCAAAAUCAUGCUGCAGUUAUUCCUACAUUAGAUUUUGAUUUGAUACCAGUUAUUUAUUUGCACAUCAAUAUAAAAAAUCCAGUAAUUUAGGUUUAUUCAGUCAUUGUUUACCCGCUGCCUUAUAGGGAAUUUACUCUGUAUACUUUUUCACAUUGUUAUCUAGUUAGAAGGCAAGCCUCUAAACCUAAACAUCUGUUGGGCUGAUUAUAGCACAAUUUUGAAAUUAAUAUACAAAAACAGAACUAUGAUGAUAGAAAGAAUAGUUUAUUUACCACCCUUAAGAAACUAAAUUACUGGCAUUUUGAAGCUGUGACAAAUGAACAGGUUGGUAUCUUUGCAUUUUAUAAAGGAUAAAGAAAGAUUUGUCAGAAGAAAUGCAUGUAAUAGUCAGUAACUUUAACGGUCAGACUUUUCAUAAGUCAAAUCUAAUUAGUAGAUUGUUAGGUUGAGAUAUGACUCUUGUAUCAUAUCGGUAAAUAUUCUUUUAGGUUUUAAAGGCAACUGACCGAGAUUAUCACCAGAAAAGUACAUAUAACUUUAAUAUAGUAAUGAGACAGAAAUCACUAUUAUUUUAGCUGAUAUUUUAUGAUUCUCAAGGAAUUCUCUACAUCAUGGCUGUUCUCUUAAUACAACAACAAUUAAACGUUGCCAUCCAGCCCGGGUAAAAAUCAAAACACAUUUACGAUUCACAGGGAAUGUCAGUAGUAUCUGGUAAAUAUGAAAGUAUAUAACUAUAAUUAAGAACACAUAUACAAUAUGUCGGUUCCAGUUUUGUAUUUCAAUUGUGGUUGUAUUGAGAGAACGCCAUGAUGUAGAGAAUUUCUGGAGAUUUGUCAUUUUGAUAAAGGUCGAAAUGUUAUGGAUUAAAACAUAGUGAAAACUA